AUGGCUACACGGGCAAAUCCGCCCAAGAAGGUCCGGCUCGCCUGUCGUCGUUGUCGCACAAGGCGAAUAAAGGUGAGACUCUCUCAUAAUCCCCGACCCGCGUUGCGGCUCCAGUCAGAUCAAAUCCCGCGCUGGGGUUUGGUCUUACUAGCCUGGACAAUGACUGGGACCAUCGCCGCGUUACUCCGGCUCAAACUCUUUGCGAGCGCGGCACGUGCUAGAAUUCAAUGGCUAGAGGAAAUAAUCAAACAGCGGCUACCUGACGUCGACAUAGCAGGCGGUCCGCAAAUAGACGCGUUUCCGGACCCGAAAGGAUCGGGGGUCGUCGGAGGUGGAGACUACGAUGAGGACAAUAUCUCGACAUCGUCUCCCCGGUCCGGCCGCGGAUGUAGUCAACCGGUGCCGGUGGGAGGGACUAUAGUUCUGGGGUCGCAACGAUCAGGCAGUCUCAAGCGUACCGCGGAGGCCGCGGGAUCCAACGACCACGACGAAGAGUUCCCGGAUCGUGCGCACUCGGUCGCCAGGAAUUUAGGGAUGCUAUCGCUCAACUCGGAUUCAGAUCAAAAGCACUAUCUGGGAUCGAGUUCCGGUGUUCUUUUCACAAAUCUCAUUGGGGCGUCUCCCUCAAGUGCGGGCUCAACACCGGUUGCUUUGAUUGAUGACGUCCAAGCCCAGGGACCAGCAUCUGAAUGGCACGACAGCACCAUCCCAAGCAACGUCUCGCAAGAAUAUAAUCGUGCCUUGCACGUGUGUCUACGGCAGGAACUUCCAAGAAAAGAAGAUGCCAUCAAACUCGUACACACCUACAUUCGUUGGAUACAUCCCGACUACCCAGUUUUAGAAGCGACAUCUCUACUGAGUGCCAUUGAGGCUCUUUAUGCGACUUUUGAAUGCUCGCUGGAAGAAGAUCCCUUGCCAAAUGGCUGGCCAAGUUCCGUUCAAGCGUUUAGGUGGAAUGGAUGGCAGGUCACCCCGAGCGAUCAAGGUAUGCAAGCGGUGCCUAUGCCCGUUGUUGCUUUUACCCUCUUCAUGGUGUUCAACAUCGCAGCUAUCAUGAAGAUCAGGUCGCGGAUCUACGAGUUUCCUCCCGAAAGGUUCUACCGCAAUACGAACAGCCUCAACACGAUUCCAUCCUCCUUCUCGGAGGCUGUCCUGAGAUAUGCACGACACCAGUUCGAACUUGAUAGACUGAUUUCCGACGUCAAACAACAACUUUACCAUCUGCCCGGCGACUCCUCCUGGUUUCCAAUGCCUCGAAACCCGACUGACCAACAAGGAAGAAUCAAACAAGAGCUCGUGAAUUGGUGGCGAGAGGUGUCUGAAGAAUCUUUUGAUUUCCCCGGUGUUGACAACCGACAGCGUCGCAUCUGGAAGCUGAAGCUGAAGAUCAAGUAUCACACCACGAUGGUGAUGCUGUACCAGCCUUCACAGGUCAUUCGAAACCCUCCUCCCGAGUCUCUCCAGAUCUGCUUCAACAAUGCUUCGUCCAUUCUGCAGGACUACCAAAUGUUGCACGAUAUGCAAGGGCUUCAUCAUGGAUGGCGAACGGUCCAAAACAUUUUCGCGGCCGGGGCGACGCUGAUCUAUUCUUUCUGGACGUGCCCCAUCAUCCGUCAAAGCGCGUCCACGGCCGACCUUUCCAAAAGUCUGCGCGCUUGUUCAGGUCUCUUGGCAGUUGGUGGGGAAUGGUGGCCGUCUGUCAAAAGGGGACAGAGAAGUUUCGGGGCUAUUGUCGACCUCACAGUCCGCAAACUUUACACCGGCAAUAUGCCAUCAAAGAACCCCAGACUCUUCAUGCCUCUCAGCGCGGAAGACGGAGAGACUGCGAUUGAGAACUCAGAAGGAGCACCUGUCUAUGACGCAACUGGGCAGCAGUCUGACCUUUCCCACAUAGCGCUCAACGGCGCAGAUGCACCCUGGCACCAGAUGGCGGGAGCCUCGAUGGAGCUACCGAAUGCCCACGACCCGGUACAUUGGCAGGGAGUCUAUCCCGCCCCUCCAUUCCAUUCAACAACGAACGACUAUGUUCCGGAAAUUGAGACUUUUCUUGCCGAUUUCGACAAGUCUGAGUUCAGCUGGAGCUUUCCUUUGACUAGCAUUAGCGAUCCCUACGACAUAGCGAACUUCCCGAACCCGGGAUAUCGAUGA